AUGCAGUACAUUGAUAGUAAAGGCUUCUGUGAAGAUCUGGACGAAGGAAAAUAUUCUCUGCUCCUAAUCCAUUCUUUGCAGAAAGGAGACCCCUUGAUACAGAGUAUCCUCCAGCAGCGGAAAAUCAGCGGAAGCUUAACGAUGGAAAUGAAACAAAUUAUUCUCCAGCGGUUGAAGAUCAAUGGAAGCCUGGACUACACACUGUCUGUCAUCAACGAGCUUUAUAGAUUGAUCAAGGAGGAGCUUGAAGCCUUGGAACGAGAGACGAAAACGAAGAACUGGAUCUUGUAG